UUUUAAGAGAAUGACAAUUUGAUAAGCUGACGUGUUGAGCAGACAAAAAUAUAAUUAAAAUGAAAACAAGGUAUCUGUUACUUUUAUUGGCCCUUGUGCCCGUCGUGCUAUCCAAAAAGUUUAAGGAAGAGGACAAACCGGAUUGGGCUAAAAAGGAUAUACGCGACUACAGUGAAGCUGAUUUGGAAAGACUGCUGGACCAGUGGGAUGAAGAUGAGGAGCCACUGGAACCAGAUGAGCUGCCCGAGCACUUGCGACCACAGCCAAAACUAGACUUAUCCAAUUUGGAUAGUAAAAAUCCCGAAGACUUGCUGAAAGUUUCGAAAAAGGGACGCACGUUGAUGACUUUCGUUUCGGUUAGCGGCAAUCCUACUCGCGAUGAAGCCGAGGAAAUCACCAAGCUAUGGCAGACGAGCUUAUGGAACAAUCACAUACAAGCUGAGCGCUAUAUGGUUGACGAUAAUCGCGCCAUAUUCCUAUUCAAAGACGGAGCACAAGCGUGGGAAGCAAAAGACUUUUUGGUGGAUCAGGAGCGUUGCAAAGGCGUUACCAUCGAGAACAAGGAAUAUCCAGGCGUUCAUAUAAAGGACGAAUUGUAAUUGUAUUAUUUGUAUCUAAGUACUCCUUCCAACAUUCUCAUGUAAAGUAUUUUUAAGCACAAAAUGAACAAAUUGAAAUUACAAUAUUGGAAAUGUA